GUAGUUUGACAUCUCUUGAAAUUGUUGUGAUUUCUGAGUCAUCCCUUUUUCUUGGGAAAUCUUAAAAAUCAGCCUGUCUGUGUUGAAAUUAUUUAAAAAAUAAUUACGUUGCAGGUAAUCACGACUGACAAUCACUUCUCAAAAAGACAUAUUCAUAUUUUUAUAAAUGGGUAACGAAAUGUCGUCCUCUGCAAUGGAAAAACAUCUGUUUAAUCUAAAAUUUGCAGUGAAAGAGCUUGAGAGAAACUAAAAAUGUGAAAAGGAAGAAAAGUUAGAGAAAGAAAAGGCUAAAAAAGCAAUCCAGAAGGGCAACAUGGAAGGUGCUCGGAUACAUGCAGAAAAUGCAAUACGGCAGAAAAACCAAGCAUUGAACUAUCUCAGAAUGUCCGCAAGAGUAGAUGCUGUGUCGAGCAGGGUUCAGACAGCACUUACUACAAGAAAGGUCACAAACUCCAUGGCAGGUGUAGUAAAAGCCAUGGAUGCAGCAAUGAAGUCUAUGAACCUCGAGAAAAUCUCCACACUCAUGGACAAGUUUGAAAGUCAGUUUGAAGAUCUGGACGUCCAGUCAUCGUACAUGGAGAAUGCUAUGUCACAAACAACGACCACCACGGUGCCGCAGGGUGAUGUGGAUAAUCUGUUACAGCAAGUGGCUGAUGAGGCUGGACUGGAACUUAACAUGGAGCUUCCGUCCGGCGUCCCAAGCACCUCAGUGGGCACCGCCACAGUGGUAUCACAAGAGCAAGAUGACCUCACACAACGACUCGCCAGGUUGCGGCAAGCCGAGUAACGUCUGAGAUUAUCGAGAUCCUGUAGUAGACCAGCAAGAAUGAUGGCUGUAUGAAUUAACUUAAUAAACUAGCUUGAGUCACACAGAGAUUUCCCUUCGCAUUUUCAAGGAAACGUACGAACUUGUCAUGCUCUUUUAGUCAAGUACUUUUUACUGACAUGUUCGUUAUUCGGAAAUUGUCGUGAAAAUACGAAGGAAAUCAUUAUGAGUUAUAUGUAAAAACAAUGUAGUAAGUCGAAGGUUUUAUACAUACAAAAAUCUUACUUCUUAUUUGUCCUAAUAUGCUUUGCUGCAAAAACGAGAUGCAGACAUUUAUUUGUGCAAAUGGGGACUCAGCAUGUUGAAGACACUUGUGAUCUAACUCGAAAUCUAAUUGCUUUGAAUUUAGAAGACAAUGUACAUUUUUGAAAUUGCAAUCUAAUUUUAACCUUAAAUUCAAGUGCUAAAGUUACAAUCAGAUAAUUUCUUGAAUUAGAUUUAAAAACGAUUGUGCUAGCUGGUCUAUUGUCGGAUUAUUAUAAGGUACAACUACUUGUAUAAAGUGAGUAUAAGUGGCAAUACAAUCGCUGUCGCGUUGCUUAUGUAUAGAGCCAGUAGUAAUACUUCUACAAACGUACGCCGUGCGGUAUGUAUGUAUGUAUGCGCGCCGUGUAUGUACAGUCAAGUGUAAAAAUAUGGGUGCGUACAACUUAUCAAAAAUAUGUCCCAUAGCACUUUAUGUCGGCGGAAUAAGGUCUCGGUACAUAUUUUUG